GAGCAGGAAGAGUUUCUACGUGUAACAUUAUCUCUCUUGUUUGCUGUAGAAAUUACCUUCAUGGCUGGAUCAGCAUUUUUCAUGGCCUGUGCCAUCUUGGUGCUCUUCGGUUUCUGUGUGGAAGCUGAGUUGGUGCAGCACACUUUCAAAGUGAGUAAUAUGAUGGUGAGAAGGUAUUGCAAGAACAAAACCAUCACAGUAGUGAACGGUGAAUAUCCAGGCCCAACUAUCACUGCCCAUGAGGGUGAUUCAUUGGCCAUUCAAGUCAUCAAUGAGUCCCCCUACAACAUCAGCAUCCAUUGGCAUGGAAUAUUCCAGCGGAUGACCCCAUGGGCUGAUGGUCCAAACUACAUAACCCAAUGUCCCAUUACGCCGGGAAAUAGCUAUACAUACAAAUUCAACGUGGUAGGACAGGAAGGCACGCUCUGGUGGCACGCUCACGUCUCCGUCCUACGUGCGACAGUGUACGGAGCACUUAUUAUUCUUCCGAGAGCUGGUGUUGUUGGUUAUCCGUUUCCCAAUCCCCACAAAGAAGAAACCAUCCUUCUUGGAGAAUGGUGGAAAGCAGAUGUUAUAACCCUACAGAACAGAGCACUUGCAAGUGGGAGUGCAUUCAAUAUCUCCGACGCAUACACCAUCAACGGCCACCUCGGCGAUCUCUAUCGCUGCUCUAACAAACAUACACACAAGCUGGAAGUGGAGCAAGGCAAGAGCUACCUCCUCCGCAUCAUCAACGCCGCGCUCAACACCCAAUUCUUCUUUAAAAUCGCCGGCCACCGCCUCACAGUGGUCGCCGCAGAUGCCUCCUACACCUCCCCUUUCUCCACCGACACCAUCGCCAUCGCCCCCGGCCCAACCAUCGACGCCCUGCUCCACGCCGACUCCCACCCUUCCAACUACUACAUCUCCGCCCUCACCUACGCCAGCUCCCCCGCCAUCCCCUUCGACAAGGCCGCCAGCCCAUACGCCAGCGCUCCCCCCUCCGCCUCCCCUUUCGACAACACCACCACCGUCGCCGUCCUCUCUUACAAAAGCUCACCCCCGUCCUCCUCCCCUCCCAUAAUGCCUCCCCUCCCCGCCUUCAACGACACCCCCACCGCCCACCACUUCUACUCCAACCUCACCGCCCUCCACCCCAACUCCGUUCCCCUCCAAAUCGACCAGCGCAUGUUUGUCGCCUUCGGCCUCGGCCUCACCCCCUGCAGCGUUAACCAACCCCUGUGCCGCGGCAACGCCAUAUCCGCCAGCAUGAACAACAUCUCCUUCAGCUUCCCCACCACCGUUUCGAUGCUUGAAGCACACUUUCGUAAGAUCCGAGGGGUGUAUACCAAAGAUUUUCCUAACCGCCCUCUGGUGGCUUUUGAUUUUUCGAAUCCCAGUGUUAAUAAUCAGGGGUCGUUUCAAUUGACGGAUAAGGGGACGAAGGUGAAGAAAUUGAAGUACAACGAGACGGUGGAGGUUGUGUUGCAGAACACGGCGGUGCUGGCGGCGGAGAACCACCCGUUGCAUCUUCAUGGAUAUAAUUUUUAUGUGGUGGCGCAGGGCUUUGGUAAUUAUAACAAGAAGGAGGCGAGGAAGAACUAUAAUUUGGUAAACCCGCAGGAGAGGAAUACGAUUGCGGUGCCGGUGGGUGGAUGGGCGGUUAUUCGAUUCAGGGCUGAUAAUCCCGGUUUGUGGAUCAUGCACUGCCAUUUGGAUGGACAUCUGUCGUUGGGCCUGGCGAUGGUAUUUGAGGUGGGGAACGGACCUACGCCGUCGACGACGGUCCCCCCGCCGCCGCAAGAUUACCCCACCUGCUGAUGAGAGAUAUUUUGAGAAGAAAUGAAAAAAAGCUAGUUGUUUUAUUGGAUUUAGAGGAGAUGCAAUUGCUUUAAGAUUGGGUGCUUUUGAGUUGUUUUUUUUUUUUCAAGUUUCUGGUUAUUACUUGUAAUUUGUAAAUUUAUAUUUUUUCGGUAUUAUACAAUAAUAGAAAGUUUA